AUGGCUUCAGGCACAACAGCAGCUCCUCGGGAGCGCAAGCCCUCGAUGGGAGCACCAAUCUCGACGUUACAAGGCCCUGUUGGUCCCGGCUUCACUCGACCCAAGCACAAGCGUACCGCCACAGGCUUUGGUGCUCAAGAUAUCAAAUCUGUCGAGUCUAGCAUUCCCGAGCCACAGAGGGAAGCAUGGAAAAAAUACUCUGCCACAGGUUUCAAAUCGAAGGAUGAUUUUCAGAAAGAAACUGUCAGACACAUCGAGACUACUCUGGCUCGCUCUCUCUUCAACUGCGAUGAGAAGGCUGCUUACUCUGGCACCGCCCUGGCAUUUCGAGAUCGAUUGAUUAUUGAUUGGAACAAGACCCAGCAGAGGCAAACCUUUGCGGACCAGAAGAGAAUAUACUAUCUGUCUUUGGAAUUUUUGAUGGGCCGAGCAUUGGAUAAUGCUAUGCUCAAUGUUGGAUUGAAGACCGCAGCUAAAGAGGGUCUCGGCGAACUUGGUUUCCGUAUCGAGGACGUUAUCCAACAAGAGCACGAUGCCGCUCUCGGAAAUGGUGGUCUCGGCCGAUUGGCUGCCUGCUUCCUUGACUCGUUGGCCUCACUCAACUACGCAGCCUGGGGUUAUGGUCUGCGUUACAGAUACGGUAUCUUCAAGCAAGAGAUUGAAAAUGGAUACCAGGUCGAGAUCCCAGACUACUGGCUCGAUUUCAACCCUUGGGAGUUCCCACGAAACGAUGUGACGAUCGACGUCCAGUUCUAUGGAUGGGUAAACAAGUACACAGAUGAUGAAGGAAAGCAGAUCACUUCCUGGCAAGAUGGAGAGAUCGUCACUGCUGUAGCAUACGACGUACCAAUCCCAGGCUACGGAACUGCCACCGUAAAUAACCUGCGUCUCUGGUCUAGCAAGGCUUCAGCUGGCGAGUUCGACUUUGCCAAGUUCAACUCGGGCGAGUAUGAGAAUGCCGUUGCUGAUGAGCAGCGUGCCGAAACCAUCUCUGCCGUUCUGUACCCCAAUGACAACAUGGACCGUGGAAAGGAGCUCAGACUGAAGCAACAGUACUUUUGGUGCGCUGCUUCUCUGCAUGAUAUCAUUCGACGAUUCAAGAAGUCGAAGCGCCCCUGGAAGGACUUCCCAGAGCAGGUUGCUAUUCAGCUGAACGACACCCACCCAACUCUGGCUAUCGUCGAGUUACAGCGAAUACUUGUCGAUCUGGAAGGCAUCGAAUGGAAUGCGGCGUGGGAGAUCGUCACUAAGACUUUCGGUUAUACGAACCACACUGUUCUGCCAGAGGCUUUAGAGAAGUGGUCGGUUCCAUUGAUUCAGCAUUUGCUUCCUCGACACUUGCAGAUAAUUUACGACAUCAAUCUGUACUUCUUGCAGCAGGUUGAGCGACGAUUUCCCAAGGACAGGGAUAUGCUCGGCAGAGUAUCCAUCAUCGAGGAGUCGCAGCCAAAGACAGUCCGCAUGGCAUACUUGGCUAUAAUUGGUUCCCACAAGGUCAACGGUGUCGCUGAGCUGCACUCAGAUUUGAUCAAGACUACUAUCUUCAAAGACUUUGUCAAGAUCUACGGUCCCGACAAGUUCACCAACGUCACCAACGGUAUCACACCAAGAAGAUGGCUGCACCAAGCAAAUCCAAGGCUGUCUGAGCUGAUUGCUUCGAAGCUUGGAAGCUAUGAGUUCUUGAAAGACUUGACACUCCUGAACAAGCUAGAGAACUUUGUUGAUGACAAGGACUUCAAGAAGGAAUGGGCGGAGAUCAAGUAUGCCAACAAGGUCAGACUUGCACAACACAUCCUGUCAGCCACCGGCAUCAGCGUCAACCCGAAAGCACUUUUCGAUGUCCAGGUCAAGAGAAUCCAUGAGUACAAGCGACAGCAGCUCAACAUCUUUGGUGUCAUCCACAGAUACCUCGCCAUCAAGAACAUGUCUGCGGAAGAGCGUAAGAAGCUUGCUCCUCGUGUCUCCAUCUUCGGCGGAAAGGCUGCACCGGGUUACUGGAUGGCCAAGACCAUCAUUCACCUGGUCAACAAGGUCGGGGACGUGGUCAACAACGACAAGGACGUUGGAGAUCUCUUGAAGGUCGUCUUUAUCCCUGAUUACAAUGUUAGUAAGGCCGAGAUCAUUAUUCCAGCUUCCGAUAUCAGCGAGCACAUCUCCACCGCUGGUACUGAAGCCUCAGGCACAUCAAACAUGAAGUUCGUGCUCAACGGUGGACUUGUUAUCGGCACAUUGGAUGGUGCCAAUAUCGAGAUCACACGUGAGAUUGGCGAGCAGAACGUCUUCCUCUUCGGUAACCUGUCCGAGGACGUCGAGGAUCUGCGACACAACCAUUUCUAUGGUAACCACCAGAUCGAUCCCGAGCUAAACAAGGUCUUUGAUGAGAUCAAGAAAGGUACCUUCGGUGACGAAGGUGCUUUCUCCAGCCUAGUCAGUGCUAUCCUUGACCACGGUGAUUACUAUCUUGUCAGCGACGACUUCAAUAGCUACUGCAAAACUCAGGACCUUAUCGACGAGACAUACAAGAAUCAAGAUGAGUGGGUGUCGAAGUCGAUUACAUCCGUGGCAAGAAUGGGAUUCUUCACUUCUGACCGAUGCAUCAACGAAUAUGCCGACAGUAUCUGGAACAUUGAGCCUCUUCAGGUCAAGGAAGAAGCCGAAGUCCGAUCUCGAACUGGUUUGGAGACCUAG